UUCUUUUCCCCUAAUUCGUCAUCGAAUCCUCAAAUCAUUUUGCUCUUUUUCCUUCUUUCUGCAACAUUUUUACAUACAUAGUCUAUAGAUAUAGAUAUAGUGGGAGGGGAAAAAAGAGAAAGCCAUGCUUGACUUUGGUGAUGAGUUGAUAAUCGAAAGCUACAAAAUCUCAUGGCAAAUAUGGAUCCAUCUUCUUGUUACGAUUCUUUUCAUAAUCCUUAUUUUCUUUGGAUUCAACAUUUUUACUUCAGAUUUCUCCCAAAAUCCUUCCAUCACUACGACAUCAGCUGCACCUUCAACUAGCUCUUCACAAAGAACCAAGGUAAAUGAAAACCGAAGAAUUAAGAGAGUUGCGGGAACAAGCAGACGGGCAAUGGUUGAAGUUGAAGAAUGCGAAGAAUCUUCAUUGAAUGAUUCUACAUUUUUUGGGCUUUUUAGAGAUCCAAACCACGCUUGUAACUAUCUCGGACUACUUAAACAAGCUCUUUUCAAAUGUUUCGGCUUAGAUUCCAGAUGCGAGAGCUCAAACAACGGAAAACUCGAAAAUGAAGAUUGAUGCAAGCACUCUCUGUUGGAAAAAAUUUAACAAUUGGGGCCACACAUGUAUAUGA